AUGUCGCUGCUCCGCGUCCUCGGCCUUUGCGGUGUGCUUGCAAUCGCGCUCGUGAAUGCCGCCGAGUUGAACAGCACGGUGCUCACCAACAAGACGGGCAACCUUGGCGCCGAAGAUGCGGCCUUCAACUGGCCAGACCUCACGGACAAGUUUGGCAUCCAGCGCGUGCAACGUACAGCUGCGUGGUAUGUUCCGGUUACGAUUCUUGACUCGUGGGUGACGAUUUGGAACACGAUCGUCAACACGCGUCGCCAGAUCGACGCCGGCGGCAAGGUCUGGCACCUCCUCCGGUCCAACGGAGCGACCGAAUUUGAUAUGCUGCGCAACGUCCAAGACGACUUGUGUUUGGAUGCGUGGUGGAACCCCGCCGCCAACAAGCCGUUUGUGCAUGGCUAUAAGUGCAAUCGCGACGAACUCAACCAGCGCUGGGAGUUCUACUACAAGCAGCGCGAGCGUGGCACACAGAUUUGCAGCAAGCGCCACUUCGGCUGGUGCUUGGUGAUUCCCGACUUUGGAGAUUCGCGCAUGGAGUUCUUCGACAACGGAAACACCGAGCUCUUCUUUCAUUGUGUGUUGAACGUCAGCGGCCAAAAGCACUUCAACGUGCAGGAGUUCUUCGGCCAGCAGUACCGCAUGCCGCCCGUCGUCGGGAUGCGCCUCCCGCGCCUGGACAUGCAGCUUCUGCAAGCGAGCCUCUUGGACCCGGUCGAUGCCCUUCAUCUGCUGCAUCAGCAGCAUGCUGUCGCCGCGCACCGUGAGAUGCGUCACUGCCAGUCGCUAAGCUAA